AUCCUUAUCUUAACUCUGUGACAACAAAGUAGCUGUACUGUAGCCUACACAUUUCUUGUCUUAGUAAGAAACACUGAAGAAAACAAUAGCUUCCAUGAUGGAUCCGGACAAAGCUAGUCCGUCCCCCUCCACACUCCAGGAGUCCCCAGGUCCACCGCCUCUCCGUACUUUACUGCUGGUUCUGGUCGACUGCAGGAAAACACCGGGGCAGAGUGGAACUGAGAGAGGAGAAGAGGAACAUGGAGAUUUGAUUUCAUUAAGGGACAUCCCUAAUCGUUGCUCUCUUAGUGGGAGGGGCUUAUCAUCUGGGGAGCCUCAACAACAUCAUGAUGCUGACAAGAAAGAGAAGAGUCUCUCCAGAUCAGAACACUUCAAGAAACACCAGCAUAGAGGUAUAGGGAAGAAACCUCACCACUGCUGCUCUGACUGUGGGAAGAGUUUUGCUGAACAAGACUUGACUAUUCAUGAGCAAAUUCACACCGGAGAGAAACCGUUCCACUGCUCUCAGUCUGGGAAGAGUUUCGCUGCAUCUAAAACUUUAAAAUCUCAGAGAAUUCAUACAGGGGAGAGGCCUUACCCCUACUUUGAUUGUGAGAAAUGCUUCAAACAAUCAGGGGCCCAGACUACACACAAACACACAGGACAGAAGCCUUACAGCUGUGAUCAGUGUGGGAGGAGCUUCAAUCAAUCAGGAGCCCUGACUAGACACCAACGCAUACACAAUGGAAAGAAACCUUAUAGCUGUGAUCAGUGUGGGAAGAGUUUUACUCGAGAUUACGCCCUGACUGUACACCAACGCAUACACAAUGGAGAGAAGCCUUAUAGCUGUGAUCAGUGUGGGAAGAGCUUUAAUCAAUCAGGAGACCUAACUGCACACCAGCGCAUACACACAGGGGAGAAGCCUUAUAGCUGUGAUCAGUGUGGGAAGAGCUUCAGUCAAUCAGGAGCCCUGACUACACACCAACGCAUACACACAGGAGAGAAGCCUUAUAGCUGUGAUCAGUGUGGGAAGAGCUUCAAUCGUUCAGGGAACCUGACUACACACCAACGCAUACACACAGGAGAGAAGCCAUAUAACUGUGAUCAGUGUGGGAAAAGUUUCAUUCAAUUAGGACAACUGAUUGUACACCAAUGCAUACACACAGGAGAGAAGCCUUAUAGCUGUGAUCAGUGUGGGAAGAGCUUCAAUCACUCAGGAAACCUGACUAAACACAAACGCAUACACACAGGAGAGAAGCCUUAUAGCUGUGAUCAGUGUGGGAAGAGCUUCAAUCACUCAGGACACCUGACUAAACACAAACGCAUACACACAGGAGAGAAGCCUUAUAGCUGUGAUCAGUGUGGGAAGAGUUUCAGUCAAUCAGGAGACCUAACAGCACACCAGCGCAUACACACAGGAGAGAAGCCUUAUAGCUGUGAUCAGUGUGGGAAGAGCUUCAAUCAAUCAGUACACCUGACUACACACCAACGCAUACACACAGGAGAGAAGCCUUAUAGCUGUGAUCAGUGUGGGAAGAGUUUCAGGACAUCAGAUCACCUGAUUAAACACCAACGCAUACAUACAGGAGAGAAACCUUAUAGCUGUGAUCAGUGUGGGAAGAGCUUCAGUCAAUCAGGAGCCCUGACUACACACCAACGCAUACACACAGGAGAGAAAUCUUAUAGCUGUGAUCAGUGUGGGAAGAGCUUCAAUCGUUCAGGAUACCUGACUACACACCAGCUCACACACACUGGAGAGAAACCUUACUCCUGUCUAUGUGGAAAUAGCUUUGCUCAUUCAGGGUCACUGAAAAAACACCAGAAAGCACAAACAUCCCAACCCCCUUUCCUUUGUAAAGAGAAGAGUCUCUCCAGAUCAGAACACCUCAAGAAACACCAGCAGGGACAUACAGGGAAGAAACCACAGCACUGCUGCUUUGACUGUGGGAAGAGUUCUGCUAAACAGAGGGAAUUGGUCAUUUACAAGCGGAUUCACACUGGGAGAAAAACAUACCACUGCUCUCAGUGUGGGAAGAGUUUUGCAGCAUCUAAAACCUUACAAUCUCAGAGAAUUCAUACAGGGGAGAGGCCUUACCCUUGCUUUGAUUGUGGGAAGAGCUUCAGUCAAUCAGGAACCCUGAAUACACACAUACGCAUACACACAGGAGAGAAGCCUUAUAGCUGUGAUCAGUGUGGGAAGAGCUUUGCUCUAUCCGGAAACCUGAGUACGCACCAGCGUGUACACACAGGAGAGAAGCCUUAUAGCUGUCAUCAGUGUGGGAAAAGCUUCAAUCAAUCAGGAAACCUGACCACGCACCAGCGUGUACACACAGGAGAGAAGCCUUAUAGCUGUGAUCAGUGUGGGAAGAUCUUUGCUCUGUCCGGAAACCUAACUAGACACCAGCGCAUACACACAGGAGAGAAGCCUUAUAGCUGUGAUCAGUGUGGGAAGAGUUUCAAUCAAUCAGGAGAACUGACUAGACACCAACGCAUACACACAGGAGAGAUGCCUUAUAGCUGUGAUCAGUGUUGGAAGAGCUUUGCUCUGUCUGAAGACCUGACUAGACACCAGUGCAUACACACAGGAGAGAAGCCUUAUAGCUGUGACCAGUGUGAGAAGAGCUUCAUGGAUUCAGGAAGUCUGACAAGACACCAGCGCAUACACACAGGCGAGAAGCCUUAUAGCUGUGAUCAGUGUGGUAAGAGCUUCAUGGAUUCAGGAAGUCUGACUAGACACCAGCGAAUACACACAGGAGCGAAGCCUUAUAGCUGUGAUCAAUGUGGGAAGAGUUUUGCUCAAUAUUCCACUCUGACUGCACACCAACGCAUACACACAGGAGAGAAGCCUUAUGUCUGUGAUCAAUGUGGGAAGAGCUUCAAUCGUUCAGGAGCCCUGACUACACACCAACGCAUACACACAGGAGAGAAGCCUUAUAGCUGUGAUCAGUGUGGGAAGAGCUUCAAUCAUUCAGGAGCCCUGACUAGACACCAGCUCACACACACUGGAGAAAAACCUUACUCCUGUCUAUGUGGAAAGAGCUUUGCUCGUUCAGGGUCACUGAAACAACACCAGAAAGCAUCUCCCUCCGGCACCGGUUACAGAUCUCUGAAGACAGUUUCAAUAGAAAAUAUCUUGUAAUGAGUCAUCCAUCUCCCAUUCUCUAACAGUUUACUAAGUCUUAAUACCAUGGUAACCCGUGUAGGAUAAUAUGCAGCUCUGGAUCCAUAUGUUUCGAGCUUCUUGAAGUAUGAGUGCUGUGUGUGCGGGGGUGUUCAGAACUCUAUCUUAUUUCAUUAACUCCUAUUAUCCAUUAAAUAAUUGUGUAAUGUAGAAUAAUGUUUCAACAAUACAAGGUGUGUAUUCAAUUGAUCAAUAAAUUAAAUCCAUUAUCUGCUUAACAACAUCUCCUUCUCACUAUGAACCAGAGGCCUCUUCUAGAAUAAGUUUGCCCCAAAAAGAUCUAGACAUAUUUAUUGUAAAACCCUUUACCAGUGUCAUGACGUUGCCCUCUCUCUGGGAACAGGGAGCACAGUUGACCCCCUCCCCCUUGCACCAUCCCCCUACCUACCUCUCCCUACCCAGGCCCUGUCAAGGCGGUCGUAAAAUUCUAAAGGAGAAUGUCCUGCCGCCUGGCCCAGUUGAGACACAGAGGGGUUUCAUAGAGAGACAAAGGAAAUUCUUCCAACUCACAGAAUUGGAGAACCGAACGACAUUGUAUGUUCUGGAGAAGGUAUAAAAGAUCGGUGAAGAAUCCAGUUACGAACUGGUCCGCUUGGCACAAUUUUGUGAUACCCAUUGGAGACAAUAGUACCAUAUUACCAUACUAAGGUUUAUAUAAUAGCCUCAGCUAUGGGACUUGCAUCUAAAUGGUUGUAUAAAAUGUAUUAAUAAGGAUAAAGCUAUUUGGAAUGCGUUGAAAUGCUAUGUACUGAUGUUAAUGUGAUAGAAUGUAUUUCUGUUC